AAGAGGACUACAAAUUGUCGGAGACCUGCGCAGUAGGAAUCCAGAGUCCUUUAAAUUGUUGACUACUGUACGUGCAAAGAUGGCAGCUCAAGUCGACUUGCUCCGUGCCAAAGUAGAAGACAAAAUGGUAAGGGAUAGUCUUGAGAGAUUCAUUAAAGAGAGGAAAAAGAAGAAGAAAAGGGACUUGUCGCCGUCGACCGACAAACGGGAGAGGUGUGAGAAAGAAGCGAAGAAAGUGAACCUCCAUCACCACCAUCAUAACCACAAACACGCUGAGCACCGGACCCAUCAGCCGCAUCAGCUGCAGCAAAAUCCCAAACCCCACAACUUCAGCGCGGGUAAACACGUCCUGCACAGCCACCACCACCACAAUCACGGUCUCACCAACGGCACGAAGAAGAAUUUACAACCGAUUUUUUCUCCGCCUCCUCCGCGGAAGGUACCGGAGCAGCUGCAGAAGAAGCAAACGGUGCCUUCCCAGCCACCUGCGCUCUUCACUUUCACGCCUCUCAAAGUGGUCAAGGCCAAGCCCCAGGAAUUCAAAGAAAAGCACAGGGAGAAGGACCUAAAACUAAAGCUGAAGAAGGAAAAUGCAGAAGCAAAUGUGAAACACGCUGAACUGAAGAAAAAGAAGGAGCCAAGGCCUCAUAAUGAGAAUGGCAAGUCUCUAACACUAGAAGAAUAUCUCCUCAAGAAGAAAAAGAAGAAGAGGAAGCAUCAUGAGGAUGAGCAAAGUGUCAAGAAGGUCCGACACAUGCACAACAAAGCGGUUCAGACUGUAUGUUCAGGGCUCGGAGCAGAUCCUUCUCUGUCUGGCAGCGUUAAGCAUGAAAGCAUUCACCAUCCUGGCAGAGAUCCUGUCAGCUACCCACCCUACCUUCAUGCUCUCAAACAGGGCCACGCCCCCUUCCUUUCCCACCAAGACCACUACAUCCGCAGCACCUGUAUCCAGACAGGAACGCGGUAUGGACGCUUCAUACAUGAGGAAAGGCAAGCCAAUGGUGGGGGAGCUGUCUUGCACGCCUAUGCUGAUGAGUUAGCCUGUCUCAGUCCGGCUGAGAUGGAGUGCUUUGCCCAGGAGUUUCUGAAGUUGGCCUUUGCUGAAAAGCCCAAAGGUGCAGCCUCCUAUGCCUUGUCAGUAGUGCACAAUGCAGCUGCAUACCUACCUGACUUCUUGGACUACUUUGCCUUCAACUUCCCCAACACACCGGUCAAAAUGGAGAUAAUGGGCAAGAAAGACAUUGAGACUACCACUAUUGCCAACUUUCACUCUCAGGUGAAUCGGACUUACUGUUCAGGAACUUACCGAGCCGGACCCAUGAGGCAGAUCAGCCUGGUCGGAGCUGUCGAUGAGGAAGUUGGAGACUACUUCCCAGAUUUCCUGGACAUGCUGGAAGAGUCACCAUUUCUCAAGAUGACCCUGCCAUGGGGAACCCUCUCUAGUCUGAAACUGGACUGUCGCUCUCAGAGUGAUGACGGGCCUAUCAUGUGGGUGCGACCAGGAGAACAGAUGGUGCCCACUGCUGACAUGCCCAAGUCUCCUUUCAAACGGCGCAGGUCCAUGAACGAGAUCAAAAAUCUGCACUACUUACCGAGGACCAGCGAACCCAGAGAAGUUCUCUUUGAAGACCGAACUAAGGCCCAUGCUGAUCAUAUUGGCCAGAGUUUUGACUGGCAGAGCACCGCUGCUGUGGGUGUACUGAAAGCAGUGCAUUUUGGAGAAGGGAAUAUCCGACCGCGCGUAACCAAAGAUGUAGUGUGUUUUGAUGCUGGGGACUUCAGUGAAGUUGUCCAGAGGCUGCAGCUGGAUCUAUAUGAACCUCCAGUGUCUCAGUGUGUUCAGUGGGUGGAUGAUGCGAAGCUCAACCAGCUAAGGAGGGAAGGCAUUCGCUAUAUCCGUGCCCAGCUGUGUGACGAUGACGUUUACUUUAUCCCAAGGAAUGUCAUCCACCAAUUCAAGACUGUCUCUGCAGUCUGCAGCCUCGCCUGGCACAUCCGCCUCAAAGAGUACCAUUCCGAAGACAUGGCCACAAAGGAGGAGCAGCAACCCAACGAUCUCAGCCCCACCUCAGGCCGAGUGUCCUUUUCCUCCCCUGCCAGGCCUGAUGCCACCAUAACCCCCUGUGCAAGACCACAGGGCGACAACAUCCAAGGUGGGGUGGCUAAAACUGAGGAACCUGAGUUCCAGAGGCCAGCAACACCAUCCCAGGAAACACAGCCAGCCCCUCCACAGCCUGCUAAAUCCGCUCACCUCCCAACAACAUAUAAGGAUGCCCACCAUUUCUUAGCACCAGUCCACUCUGGAUGUACACCUUCAAAAGAGCCGAGCCUGCCAAAAGCUCAUGGCCACACUGCAGACUUCCCAGAAUGACCUUAUUGCCCAUCCUCCACCCCCACCCCUCCACAACAACCUAUCUUUCCCUUGUACAGGAAUUUUGGACUUGUACUGACAUCUGUGUCAAUCAGGAAGAUUUUUGACUUAAAUUAUUGUUCACCCUUUUUUUUUUUUUUUUAAAUCUUCAAAUGUUGGUUAUGAUGUACUCAUACUUUCUCCCAGCCCAAUUCUAUUAUUUAAUGGGAUUGUAUAAUACUGAUUUUAUAUUGCUCCCACAUAAACGGUAACCCUCCACUGUUUUAUUCAGAAGAAUGAUGUGAAGAAACGAUUAUUUUUUAGACCGACAUAAUUUGCCACAUGCACACAUUUGAAUAUAUGUUGAAUGUUUAGCUGGUUUAGCUUCCAUAACAUGGAAGACCCGAAGUCGCAUAUGCUUGUGGAUCGAUCCUUUAGAUACUAGUCUAGAAGCAUGAUACUGAUAUGCUUUUUUUUUAUUAGUUUCAGUGACUGAUACAGAGUGAACUAAUGUUACCUUGAGAAUACUGUGGCUUCUCUUUGAGAGACUUGGCCUUUCCUGUUUGAAUCCAAAGCUUGGGAACAGUUGGAUUUCUUGCAUUCAUCAUGCCUAUCGAAACAAUUAGCAUUUUAGUUUGGAACACUUUUAAACUUCAAGCUGAGUAUAAUUUCCUUUUAAACUACACAUAUUAUCUGAUUAUAUUACAAGCACUUAAUUUGUCUGCUUCAUAAGUUGAAGUUUGGACCGUUCCUUAUUUAAAUACCAUUUUUAUACAGGGCCUUUUUCUUACUGUUGAUACAGUUUUUGAUAUUUAUUUAUUUUCUUAAGAUUGAGCUUAACAUAUGAACACAGGUUUAUAACCAGUGAUGAAUAUUUAAGAUUAUGAUCUAACUGCAAAAGCACCUCUAAAUGAUGAAGGAAUCACAUCUAUUGCACUUAGCAAUAACGAUCUGAAUCUUUUCUUCAUGUGUGGAGUUUGUAUUCAGAAUUUGGUAUGUAAAUAUUAUGUUGUUAUUGCUGAGGAUAUGUUAAUGCUGUCUUUCAUUCUUCAUUUGCUUAAAAUUCCAUUCACACUCUUAGUGUUUAGCCGAUAAUGUCGCUAUGCUGAAGAAGGCACUUUCUGUAGUGAGUUUAAUGUGGUUGCAAUUAUGUGGCAUCAGAGCGUGCAGGUCUAAAUAGCGUAUAGCAUAAAACUCCCCACACAAAAUCAGCCGCAACAUUAAAACUACCUGCCUCAUUUUCUGAAUCUCCCGGUGACACAAACCGGCAGUUUUGAGGCCUGGUCAAUGCUUUGGGCUUUUUGGCGUGUUCCUCAAGCCAUUCCUGAGCAAUUUUUUUUUUUUUUUGUGGUGUUGCUGGAGCAGGACCAUUGCUAACAGGGGAGUGUUCUGCCUUUUUCGGGGUGGUACCUGCAGAACUAGCAGCCCCGUGAAUGCCAGGAUCCAUGGUUUCCUAGAAGUGCAAUGUAACGUGACCAAUGUUCUUUCCUUCUCCCGUUAAUGUUGUGGCUGAUCGGUGUAUGUUCAAAUUGAAGCAGGUUCACAGUUUUGACUGAAUUUUAGAGUACAACUGAGUCUGAGAGACCUUUUAUUCUGCUGUCUUCUAAAAGUAGUUCCUCUAUGAAGGAAGUGAUGUUUUGCUGCCUUUGCUAUACCACUGACUGCAUCUUAGUGCCUUGUAAUGUAUCUAGUUAGCCUCAUUUAAACCUGCAAGGUUUAUUUGUCGAGUAGGCUGGUAAAAUGGGGACAGGCCAAACAGCCAUGUUUUUUUGUUAUUUAAAAAAAUAAAUAAAUGUUGCUCA